GCUUCUUCUACAACUGCAGCCACCUCGGUAGCUCGCCAGAUAAUAAAGUCGGAACAUUCAAUUUCUUUGGGACAAUUUCGUGGUUUAUUUGCCACUAUGAUUUAAACAUACUUAUGUGGAAACAACUAGCUACCCCAUUUAAUUUAAUAUUUACGUUGUAAGUCAGUUAGCUGGCUGGUUAAGUCUGCACUAAUCUAGUCGUUAAUGCUAACUAGCAAUUAUCCCCGACCAUGAGUUCACUAAGCUUCUCUCCUUCUAAAGAAGAGGUCUGCUGGACGGAGAAAGAGGGUCUCGUCAAAGAGGAGGCUGUUACAAUACAAGAACAAGUAGAGGGCGAGGUUGUUACCGUGAAAGAAGAAGAGAAAGACGUCUUCAGAGUGAAAGAGGAGGAGGAUGUUACUGUGAAAGAAGAGGAGGAAGAUGCCGUUUUUGGAGUGGAGGAUGAAGUGAAAGAAGAUGAAGACGUUUUUGGAAUGAAGGAUGAAGAGGGGGAGAUUACUGUCACAAUAGAGGAGGACGAAGAAAAGACUGGAGAUCUGAUUAACACCAGUAAAUACAGAAAGAGACGUGACUAUCGUGGAUCCUCUGGAGAGCCUCAACAACCUUAUGAUGCUUAUCAGGCAGAGAAGAGUCUCUCCACAUUAGAAUACCUCAAGAAACACCCGCAGAGAUCCACAGGGAAGAGAACUCACCGCUGCUCUGACCGUGGGAAGAGGUUCACCUCACCAGCAGGCAUUAAAAAACAUCAGAGAAUCCACACAGUAGAGAAACCUUUUAGCUGAACUCAAAUGUGGGAAGAGUUUUGAUACAUCUAGCCAUCUGAAGAUACACCAGAGAAUACACACAGGAGAGAAACCUUAUAGCUGUACUCAAUAUGGGAAGAGUUUUACUCGGCUAA